CCCAGAGCGCCGUGCAAACCUGUGCCAUUAUGAUUCAAGACACCUCUCUCUUCUCCAAAAUGGAAACUUGGGUGAAAAAAAAAAAAAAAAAAAUCAAACCUACUCAAGUGGGCUUUGAUAGGAAAAAUCACCCAAAUUAGUUAACAUUACUUCACAUGUUUAAUAAACCCGUGCAUCUUCCCUCUGUGCUCCAGGGUUUCUGCAAAAUGUCCGGAAGAAGUGAAGAGUUGGGAAAGUUUCGUAGCAAGUCCCUCCCCUUCUUCAAUUCGGUAAAACCAAACUUUUAUCAGACUGUUGGUCCCUCGAUGCCCUUUAGAAAUGUAAAGUGUUUUUAACGCUUAGGGGAAGGGUUAUUUUCAACUUAACGUCCAAAAAUGUACAUUUAUAAGACGUAGCGUGUUUUAGACGUAAAAAGAGAAGCCGGGAAAUCAUGCUUGGUCUAACAUGCGAUACCUCUCCCUAGCAACCGGAAUGUUUUCCCUGGAUACCAUUCUCUUGUUAGCUACAGAAGACGAACUGAGUCCGCCCCACACAUGCAUUCACCUGAUGAAAACCAGCUCUGGUGUCCCGGACAGUCUCUGUGGAGCCUCAUCACUGAACAUGUCUCAGAGUCAGAGCUGCUGAAGAUCCAUGCAGCUUUGGGUGACCCUCUAGUCGACAUGUACACAGAGGUUCACUCAGAGGCAGAGAUGUGGCACAAGAAGUGGCAGGAGACUCUGUGUUAUGGGAGCCACCGACUACAGGGCUCCCGUCUUUCUGACCCGCCUGUUGUGAAAGAGUUGGUGAGAGCUGAGGCCAAGAUGUUACUGGAGACACUCAAAGGAAGAGCCUGCAACAGUGAAAUAGACAGUGAGGAGCUCCUGCUUCAAUACAAACCUGAGACUCUAAGCUAUGUGCUCGGUCACCAGGAGAUUGUUUAUGGCAGAUCCUCCAACCUCAAAACUGCUGAUAACUUCAACAGGCCUAGCUUUUGUUCUUCUGUCAUGUCCAGCGCUGAGAGUGAGAUUGAAGCAGUUAAAGAUAUGCUGAAUGUCACUGAGAUUCACAGAGUGAUCACUCCACUCAGAUGUGUCCUCCUGGCGGAAUGUGAAGCAUUGACUAAAAUGACAAAACAUUUCAAGAAAAACAUCAAAUUGAAGUGUAUAAGUCAGUGUGGCUUAAAAAAGCCUGAACCGUCGCUUACAGAGCUGAAAGAACUCAGAGCAGCCAUCCAAACAGACUUGAAGCUCCUACCUUCAUCUUCUGAAGCCUCAUCCUCUGCUCCUGUUUCAAGUAAGAAGAAAGGUUUCAGAUUUCCAGCUGAAUCUGGCUCUUGUACUCACUUAGCUCCUUCUCCUAAAUCAGGCUCGAGACUAGAUCUGCUUCCACUGUGGCAGCCCAAACCCAGGCCACCAAGUCAUAAUCCUCCUGCCAGGACCUCAUCAGUGUGGACUCUUGGUUUGCAUCGCUCUACAUCGUCAUCUCAUGAAUCAGUUAAAGAUACCAGCAGCAACAGGAUGGACACUAACUUGAAAGUGACUAAAAGCCAAGAGAACUUUAGCUUUUCCACAAAGCCAGACUUUACCGACCCUCUCUGCAGGACUUGUUCAAGACUUCACAUAAGCUCUGAGAGAGACUCAGCCUCCCAUCCAUCAUCACAAUGCUGGGCUCGCAGACCGAACACAGAUUCUGAUUGGUCACCACACAGGGAGAGAAAAAUCAGUGCUCUUUGUUCAAGAAAUAUCAACUUCACCCCCUCGCCUCCUCCUCCUUUGGGUGAGCCAUGUGACGCAGGCAGCAGGAGCAGUACUCCCACUGACCAUUCUGUGUCUGUGAAUGGUAAAAUAAAACCAGAUGACAGGGAUAACAAUUGUAGCAGUGGGAGAAACUUGGUGUUAGCUGUACUGCAGAAAGAUAAGUCUGAAAAGACCAGUGGAAUCUCCCACAUAUCUGGAAGUUUUGAUCAAUGUGGCAGCAAGAAAAACAAGUCAGGGAGAAAUAGAAAUAGUUGCCUAAGAGAAAAUACCAACAAUCAAAGAAGUCAAGAUAGCGUCAGCAUUGUAGAUGACUCGUUGCAUUAUCCAAAAAACAGUGAGAUGUGUCCUCAACCACAGGAGAGAAAAAAACUUUAAUUCACCAGAAAAACCACAACCAAGAAAACUUGAGGGACACCGUUUCUAAAUAUAUUUUCACAGCCACUCCUGCAAUGUUGACAUAUUUCACUAAUCUUUCAAAUCUUCACUAAUAGAGAUGUCUGAGAUUAAAUUAAGAUUAAACAUCACAGAU